AUGCCCAGCAUCCGACCCAGCAUGGCGCUCCGCGCCCUCCGGCAGACGACGCAGACCAGGACGCUCUCGACGACUCCGCGACGCCUGGCCUCCCACGGGCCCGAGUAUGACCCCCCAACUGGCUGGCUGUUCGGCGUCAAGCCCGGCGAGAAGUACCAGAAGGAGGGCUGGGAGAACAUCAUGUACAUUGGCUUCUUUGGCAGCUUUGCCGUGUUUACCGUUGCCAUGUGCUUCAAGCCCGACACCUCGAUACAAACUUGGGCUCUCGAGGAGGCUCGCCGGAGGUUAGAGGUCGAGGGUAUCCUGGAGGACCCCUUCCCCGAGAAGAAGCCUUGA